AUGAUUUAUAGAAAGAGAUGUCGUGAGUCCGGGAUACCUGAUAAAAUAGGUCAAUGCCUGAAUCUGGAACCUCUUUCUCCUGCUCCUGAGAAGGACAAUAAGGUAUCCGAGGUGUUUCCUACGUCACCUAAACGUCCAAAAACAGAAAUUGCAAAAGAAUUGGUGGACAAAGAUGGUGGUAUUUGGCUUCCUGUAAGGUCGACGCGUAUUUCCCACUUGUUUGAGGAAAACCCAUUAGAUGACCACCAUGAUCACAUUGCGAAAUUUAUGCGAGAACAAAGUGUCAUUUCCCAACGACUUGGUUUUGAAGGACGGAAUGAGGAGAUAUCAAGUCUGGAUACAACAUCAUCGGUUCAAACUCAUUCAGAAACUGCAAGUAUUCAUAGUCAAGAAGUCAGAACCGAAGAUCCACCACGACCGUGUGAACCUCUCACACAUUUCGACCAUGGUUCUAGUGAAACUGAAUUACAAGGAGGUCCCUCCAAGUGUUUAGAGGUCCACGCUGAACCAAUCACACCUAAUAGUCCGACAAUAGUAAGUGAUUCCGAGACACUGGCUUCUCCACAUUUUACUCAAAGUCUUAAUUCAAGUCCUUCACUAAGCAACAUCGAAGUACAGUCCCCAUAUUCGAGAAGUGCCAAUCGUAACCGAAAGCGUUCAGCAAAACGGAAAGACCUACCUCCAAGUGCUUCUACUACUACUGCUCCAAUGGCGUAUCAAAAUCAAGAACCAGAAUUCACUUCAGCUCUCAGUCCAGCAGUAUCAACUAACUUGGCUAACGAAGAAUGUACAGAUACAAUCCAGUCGACACAUACUAUUGUCCGUCGGUGGCGCCGAUCUCUAUUAUCAGCACUCUCCACAGUAUGCAGUCAUCGUCAUGCUUAUGUGUUCAUGCAUCCUGUAACUGAAGAUAUCGCUCCAGGAUAUAGUACGGUUGUUUAUGAACCAGUGGACUUAACUUCUAUUCGGCGCCGCAUGGAGUUAUCACUCAGUUGUUUGAUUGGUGCUCAACCGUGUACAGCUUCAAAUUCACCUGUUUCGUGUAGUCAAGUUAUUAUAGAUGUUGCAACACGUUUCAUACGAGAUCUUUUGUUGAUGUUUGUGAAUGCAAGAAUAUACAACAGCCGAAACCAUGAAGUUCAUCGAAUGGCUGGGGAAAUGUACCAUGAUGUGAUUAGUGAACUUCAACUUCCCUGGUCAAUCAUGGCUGAAAACAUUCCAGGCUUCCCAAGUCUUCCUGAUAUCACCUCAUAUCUCAAAACGUCACCUGGAACAAUAGUACAUCAGACGCCGAGUUCAGAAGACGCUAGUCCUUCUCAUUCUGCCUCAGUUGUCCUUAGGGAAGAUGAAUCAAGCGGCAGCAAGCAGUGCACUGUUCCAGAUGUCAAACAACUUGAACGUCCUACUCCUGAGGAAAGUGACUGUGCAAAUCAAGGCGAUGGCGAAUCGCAAUAG